AUGGCACCCGGGACGAGUGGGGCACCACAUCAUGGUGAAUUAAAUGAUGGGUUCAGUAAAGAUAAGGCAUCUAUUAACGAAAAUGAAGUUCAUGAGCCAGAUAUGGAUGAUCAGAACAUGGCAAAAUUGGGGAAACCGCCAAGAAAUCUUCCUUUGAUGAGGCAUUGCAUCAGCCAUGCCAUGUUGGCAGGUACCUCAGUCUUGGAUCUACCCAAUGGAGCUGUUGGUCGAGAACAAUCAGGGGAGAGUUCUGGAUUUUCGCCUGUAUUCCGCUCAGGGAGCUGUUCUGAGAAGGGCCCCAAGCAGUAUAUGGAGGAUGAGUUUAUUUGUAUAGAUAAUCUUCGUGAACAUCUUAGUGAAGCUUCAAAAGUCCACUCUUCUGGAGCUUUUUAUGGGGUCUUUGAUGGGCAUGGUGGUAUAGAUGCUGCCUCAUUCACGAAAAGGAACAUCCUCGAAUUUAUUGUUGAAGAUUCAUAUUUCCCAUCCUCAAUUAAAAGGGCUAUUAGAAAUGCUUUUGUAAAAGCUGAUCAUGCACUAGCUGAUGCCAGCUCUCUCGAUAGAACCUCUGGCACCACUGUGAUCACUGCCCUUGUUUUAGGACGGACUAUGCUAGUUGCUAAUGCUGGGGACUCGAGAGCAGUGUUAGGAAAACGAGGAAGAGCAGUUGAGCUGUCAAGAGACCAUAAACCGAACUCUACUUCUGAAAAAAUUAGAAUCGAGAAAUUAGGAGGUACCAUCUAUGAUGGAUAUCUCAAUGGCCAACUAUCAGUUUCACGCGCUCUUGGAGAUUGGCAUUUGAAAGGUCAGAAAGGUGCAAAUUUUCCCUUAAGCUCAGAACCUGAGAUGGAGGAGGUGGUCUUGACGGAAGAAGACGAGUUUUUGAUAAUAGGGUGUGAUGGGCUGUGGGAUGUCAUGAGCAGCCAGUGUGCUGUGACAAUCACCAGGAAGGAACUCAUGCUGCAUAAUGAUCCUGAGAAGUGCUCAAAAGAGCUAGUCAGGGAGGCACUCAAGCGCAACUCGUGUGAUAAUCUAACAGUUGUUGUGGUGUGCUUCUCUCCUGAUCCACCACGCAGAAUUGAAAUCCCUAAGACACAGAGGAGAAGGAGCAUUUCAGCCGAAGGUUUGGAUCUUUUAAAAGGUGUCCUCAGCAGCAAUGUAUGA